GCUCAAGCCAGGUUUCUACUUGCUGACUGAAAAAGCAGAGGUGUUCAGGCAGAUGAACCAUGGAUCCCAAUGAAAUGCCUGCUGUUCCCUGCUGGACCUCUGACCCCCUCACUGGGCUUGAGACUGGAGCCCCAUGGGGGAUCGAACUUGGCCCCAAAAGAACUGUAAGUCGCUGUGCCCGCUGCUACAACCACGGCCUCGAUGAGCAAAUCAAGGACCAGGAGCACUCCUGCCCCUUCCAGGCUUGCGAGUGUCACAAGUGUGCCUUCUUCUCGGAAAUCUUGCCUGCUGAGAGUGCCUUGAAGAGGGAGCAGGGGGCAUGCCUAAAGAGGCACCUGACUCAAGGACUGAUAAUGAGUGGAGCCUCCCCUACCAAAGCUCACAGCCAUGUCCAGAAGUUGACCAUUCAAGGAGGAGUUGUCAGCAAGCACCCAAAGAGGUCUGCUGAUUGGUCAGGCCCCAAAAUCUUUGUCUCUAUAUUGGACUCCAGCAGCCUUGAAGAUGCAACUGACAACUUCUCUUUCCAAGAAGACCCACAGGACCUCUGCCCUGUCCAGCAUGCUCCUGUAACUUCUGAUCAGGACUCGAUUUCUGCCUCCUCAGAGUGGCAGCGGAAGCUGGAAGCCGCUGAGGCUCUGCUGAUGCUGAGAAACUCCUCUCAGGCAUCUUCUGGCCCCAUUCCCCUGCUCCAGCCUUGCACGGCAGCAGCUCCUGCUGGAGAUAGAGGACUCCAGCCCUCUAGCCCUUCUCUCUGACCCAGGCUUGGCAGAUCCAUUUCUCUUCCUACCGGCUAUCUGGAGUGCAUCUCGCUCUUGAGCUAGAAACCCAUAAGAGGAGGCCUCAGUAGAGUACUGCCUAUUUAUGCAUUUACAAAAUGUUUAAAGUCCAAAAUGCUUAACGUGUUUUUCUUUAACCUCUAGGUUCUUUUAUAAGCUUUCCAGGCUCUUUUUAUGAUAUGGGGCAAUUCCUUGGCUGAGAGUGGAUAUUCUUGCACCCCCCCCCAUCCUUUAAUGCCUAGAUUCUGGGGCCUUUUUAUGUCUCUUAUGAAAACAGCUUCAUGGGGUCUAAGCUAGUCAGUCUCUAAAUAGGGUUCUGUGGGAGGUCAUAUGUUCAUAUGUAAGAGUUUUCAUUUGACUCAUGAUUGCAAACAUACCCAUUCACUCAUGUAUGUACCCAUGCUUGUCAAAAUAUAAGGGUGUUUUCAUUUUGUGUCUAGGUUUGUGUGUGUGAACAAAUAAUAAACUCUUAUUGUUGUAAGGCA